AUGGUCAAUUAUAGUACUCAGGCCAACUGCUACGCGUGCUAUGCUCUAAAGCUCCCUGAAUCUCUCUAUAGCUGAAGGUUUGGUCAAAAAAUAUUGCCGUGGCCCAAGCCUGCAGAAUUGGCGACGGUCUCAACUUGGUCAAUUCGCGAGAGGCUGAGAGCGGGGCGGCGGGCGCGCUAAGGCCCGGUGGCCAUCGGCGGAAGCGAGGGCUGCAUAGAUCCAAUGGCUUUGACUUUGAAUAAGUCUAAAACCCAGGCUAAUAAAAUACACUCGCUAUAAAUCGGACCCUCAUUAUCAUUAUUGAUGUACCAUACAUGAAGUAAAUUCACUGCGACGCCGGAGCUUGAGGCCGCCCUUUGUCAGAACCCAAUCAUACUGAUUCUCUUCUAAUUCUAUUUACUUCUCAUGCCACUAUUCCACUCCUACUUUGCACUCCUUCUUUAGCCUAUUACCCUCUACGCCGGAUCCCAGCGCCUGAUCGAGACUCGGUUGACACGUUGGCUUGGGUUGAAGUCGCGCGCCUCGCGGGCACUCGUCUCUCUUCCUUCUUCAUCCAUCUUCCAUCCUCGAUCUUGCGCUCGUACUCAACCCCUUGAGUCGGGAUCCAGUCCUCCAUACUUCUCACACCCUUGA